AAAAUUCCCCCUCCUCUCCACACACACACACACACUCUCUCUCUCUCUCUCUCUCUCUCUCUCUCUAUGGCCAUGGCUAGCAAAACUAUGAGAGCAGUACAGUAUGAUAAAUAUGGAGGCGGAGCAGCAGGUUUGAAGCAUGUGGAGGUUCCGAUCCCUUCGCCGAAAAAAGACGAGGUUUUAUUAAAACUCGAGGCCGCAAGUAUAAAUCCAGUUGAUUGGAAAAUUCAGAAAGGCAUGCUACGGCCGUUUUUGCCGCCAAAAUUUCCGUUUAUUCCAGUCGCCGACGUAGCUGGAGAAGUAAUUGAGCUAGGUUCAGCUGUAAGCAACUUCAAAGUUGGCGACAAAGUUGUUGCCAUGCUCAAUUUUCAGAAUGGCGGCGGCCUCGCCGAGUACGCCGUCGCGCCAUUAACCCUGAUGGUUGCUCGGCCCCCCGAAGUCGGUCCUGCCGAGGGGGCCGGCCUCCCGGCCGCUGCAAUCACUGCCCUCCAAGCCUUAAAGGCUGCAGGGAUCAAAUUCGACAACAGCGCCAACCGCCCUCCGUCAAACAUCCUCAUCACCGCCGCCUCUGGCGGCGUCGGUCGCUACGCCGUUCAGCUGGCGAAGCUAGCAGGCGUCCACAUCACCGCCACCUGCGGGGCGCGUAACGUCGACCUCGUAAAGUCUCUUGGCGCGGACGAAGUGCUCGACUACAAGACCCCAGAAGGUGCAGCCUUAAAAAGCCCGACAGGGAAAAAGUUCGAUGCGGUGAUCCAUUGCGCGACCGGGAUACCGUGGUCGACAUUCGAGCCUAACUUGAGUGCCAACGGAAAGGUUGUGGAUAUAACCCCCACGAUGAAAUCCAUGGUGACUUCGUUCAUCAAGAAGCUGACCAUGUCCAAGAAGAGGCUCGUGCCGCUGCUGCUGGUGCCGAAAGGCGAGGAGUUGAAGUUUGUAGUGGAUUUGGCAAAGGAAGGGAAGCUGAAAACUGUCAUCGACUCGCGGCAUCCGUUGAGCGCAGCGGAGGCGGCAUGGGCGAAGAGUAUGGACGGGCACGCGACCGGGAAAAUCAUUGUUGAGAUGCAAUCUGAUAGUUGAGCAAUGUUGUAAUGUUUGUGCUGUAACUUGUGAGCCACAACAUCUAAAGAACAUCUAAAGAUCAAUCUCUUGAUUGUUACAUUCUUUGUAUUGACCCAGUUUCGAAUGUUAACAACUCGCAAAAUCUGUUGUUAUCUUCUGCUGAACUGUUACCAAAGAGAGAAGGAAUUGAUGCUUCCGAUUCGCAGGCGCGACGUUGCGACUGAGUACGAUGUUUAACUUCAUUUCUACUUGUAUGUUUUUAUUAUUAAUGGUUGUUAUGUAUGGUAAGAAGGCUUAGUGUGUGUUUGGCAUUGUUUAUGUUUUUA